CAACAUCUUGGUCCCCCCACAACCGAGAAACUUCUCUUUCCACCUUUUCUUUCUUGCUUGCUUGUUUGCGUCCCUGUCAAGCUUUUACCAAUCUUUCUCGAUUUCAGUCCUUAUUCUCACCCUCCCUUCUCCCAUUUCCCAGUUUCUCACUUACCCUUUUCAUCCUUUCUUUCUGAUGUUAAUUCUAUAUCACUGCGUGUAUCUACUGUUCGUCUGAGCAAUGUCGUCGGAUGCUGAUCGAGGAAACGUCGGAUUGCGCUACUCCCCGCCGGAGGGCUUGAUGGAUCAUAUAACAGAGUUCCUGAAGGCGGCGGCGGAGAUGUCCGUCGAGUUCGGGAAGGGAUGCAGGGAUAUAGUGCGGCAGAGUCUAGUGAAAGAGGACUCCUACAUCGGUAGGCAGUUGGGGAAGGGCUCGAAUUUUGUGAGGAGAAGGAUCGGCGGGCCUUGUAAGAGGGGUUUUGAGAAACUGAGGGUGUUCAAUGGCUACCUCCCGGAGGAUAAGGAUCCGUUGCACGCCUGGGCGGUGGUGUUCUUCGUCUCGGCGAUUGCUUUUGCAGUCCUAAAUAUAAAUACCCAGCAAAAUACAUCCUCUACCCCAUUGACAAAGAAGGUGUAUCUACAUCCUCCUAGUGCUGACCUCAUAGUGCUUCCAGAUGGUAGAUACUUGGCAUACAAAGAGCAGGGUGUUUCAGCUGAACGAUCUAGAUUCUCUAUGAUUGUUCCACAUAUGUUCCUUUCAUCUAGGCUUGCAGGAAUACCUGGACUUACGGCUUCGCUGCUGGAAGAGUUCGGCAUUCACCUGCUAACAUAUGAUCUUCCUGGCUUUGGCGAGAGUGAUCCACAUCCGAAGAGGAACCUUGAGUCAUCAGCACGGGACAUGUUAUUCCUAGCAAAUUCUGUUGGCAUUCGUGACAAGUUCUGGGUUGUGGGGUACUCUAGUGGAAGCAUGCAUGCUUGGGCUGCACUCAGAUACAUUCCUGAUAGACUUGCUGGUGCAGCCAUGUUUGCUCCGAUGGUUAAUCCAUACGAUCCAAUCAUGAGUAAGGAAGAAAGACAUAGAACCUGGGAUAGGUGGAUGCGAAAGAGGAAAUUAAUGUACUUUUUAGCUCGGAGGUUUCCUAGACUUCUUGCUUAUUUCUACCGCCGAAGCUUCUUGUCUGGAAAGCAUGAUCAGAUUGAUAAGUGGCUGUCAUUGUCUCUGGGAAAGAGGGAUAGAGCUUUGAUAGAGGACCCACUAUACGAACAAUUCUGGCAAAGGGAUGUGGAAGAAUCAAUUCGGCAAGGAAGUGCAAAACCAUUCGUGGAGGAAGCUGUUUUACAAGUCUCAAAUUGGGGUUUCAGCCUUGCAGAUCUUAAAUUACAAAAGAAACAGCGAGGGAAAAGCAUCCUCAAUUUGCUCAAGUAUAUGCUCUUUGAAGAAAAAGAGGAAUAUACAGGCUUCCUGGGUCCAAUACACAUAUGGCAGGGGAUGGAUGAUAGGGUGGUCCCACCAUCGAUGACUGAUUUUGUGCACCGGGUUCUACCUGGAGUUGCAGUACAUAAGCUCCCAUAUGAGGGCCAUUUUACUUAUAUCUACUUUUGUCACGAAUGCCAUAGACAGAUAUUUACAACACUUUUUGGAACUCCACAAGGCCCACUUGAUAAUACCAUAGAGUUGGAUCAAACUCUGGUAGAAGGUAAUUUCAAAGAGCUGGAAAAGACUGAGGAGCAGGAGGAGGUUAUACUUGAUGCAGGUGCUCUUGCCAUGAAGAGGUAACACGGUGAUAUUGCCAUUUUAGUUUUGACAUACAUUAGAAAUUUAUGCUGUAUAUAGGCAUAGCUUUGCUCUUUUACUCGAGGAGCAUAAAGGAAAAGGGCUGAAAAAGGAUAUGAAUCUUUUAUUUUCGGCAUUAGGUUCUGGGGUAUUGUAACUUUGGAGGAGAUGAUGUUAGACGCUACAAAAGUAUACGACACAAUCAAAUUGUUCUGAUUCUCCACU